UCUCCAGUGUGGAUUUACAUACCCUGAUUUCCGUGGGACUGGGAAACGAAAGAGGAGGGAGGCGAGUCUUUCAGGAACUGAGGCAACAGCCGCAAACAGUGUAAUUUGACAAAUGUACAACUUGUAGCCCCUGUCGUCGGGUCUUUCGCGCCUCCCAAAACCUUUUUUUCUCGGACUAACGUUUACGCUACUUUUCCUACUCUUCCUUUGACUCACUGGACUAACGUUUCUAGUCUGGAGAAGAAGGGCUGGGGAGGUUUUUUCGGAGAAGAAGUCUGGAAGCAGCUCGAGCUGAACCCGGUUUUGAAGGGCUGUGGCCAUGGCCGGGGGUGGUGGUGGGGUUGUUGGUGGGGUUUCACCGUUGGGGCCCGCACCGCCGACAUGGUAUCACCGGGACCUGAGUCGAGCCGCGGCCGAGGAGCUGCUGGCCCGGGCCGGGAGAGACGGCAGCUUCCUGGUGCGGGACAGCGAGAGUGUCGCCGGGGCGUACGCUUUGUGUGUACUGUUUCAGAAGCACGUCCACACAUACAGAAUCCUCCCAGACGACGAAGGAUUUCUCGCUGUACAGACUUCUCAGGGCGUGCAGCCUAAGCGGUUUAAGACGCUACCAGAGUUGGUGUCGUUGUACCUUGCGCCCAGCCAGGGUCUGGUCACCACCCUGCUUUACGCCGUGGACAGAGAGGAAGCAGCCGUCAGCGACGACAGGGACUACUCAGAUGGGGAGGAUGAGAAGCCACCCCUCCCCCCUCGCUCUGCCUCCACCUACACUCCCCCUGGACCAGACACACUGACAGAAAGUGCUCCAGCUCCUAAUGGCCUCAGCACCAUCUCCCACGAGUACCUGAAGGGCAGCUAUGCUCUGGACCUCGAGGCCGUCAAACAGGGAGCCGGCUCCCUGCCUCACCUCAACAAGACACUAGUGGCCUCCUGCAAACACCUAAAUGGGGAGGUGGAUAAGGUUCUGUCAGGUCUGGAGAUCUUGUCUAAAGUUUUUGAUCAGCAGAGUGCUUUCAUGGUCUCCAAGAUGAUCCAACAGUCGGUGAAUCAGGGUGGAGACCAGGAGUUGGAGAACCUUGUGACCAAGCUGGCAAUUCUCAAAGACCUGCUGUCCUCCAUAGAGAAGAAGGCUCUGAAAGCUCUCCAGGACAUGAGUCUGUCAUCUCCAUGCUCCCUUCCUCCUCUUUCCAUGCGGCACAGCAAAGCCAUCCCUGUGCAGGCAUUCGAGGUCAAACUGGAUGUUUACCUGGCAGAGCUGACAAAGAUAGGAAAGAGUCAGAAGUACACUCUGUCUGUGGACGUGGAGGGGGGACGCCUGGUGGUGAUGAAGAAGGUGAAGGACAGCCAAGAGGACUGGACCACCUUCACACACGACAAAAUCCGUCAGCUGAUCAAGUCUCAGCGGGUGCAGAAUAAACUGGGCAUUGUUUUUGAGAAGGAGAAGGAAAAGAACCAGAGGAAAGACUUCAUCUUUGCUAGUGCCAAGAAGCGGGAGGCAUUUUGCCAGCUGCUGCAGCUGAUGAAGAACAAACAUUCCAACCAAGACGAGCCAGACAUGAUUUCCAUCUUCAUGGGCACCUGGAAUAUGGGCUCAGUGCCUGCGCCGAAGUCUCAGGCCUCAUGGGUGUUGUGUCGCGGCCUCGGGAAGACUCUGGACGAGAUUACGGUCACCAUCCCUCAUGACCUUUACGUGUUUGGAAGCCAAGAAAACUCUGUGUGCGAUCGGGAGUGGGUGGAGUCACUGCGCGCCAUGUUGAAGGAACAGACGGAGCUGGAUUAUAAACCGAUCGCAGUGCAAACUUUGUGGAACAUAAAAAUUGCUGUGUUGGUGAAACCGGAACACGAGAACCGGAUCAGCCACGUGGGGAUGUCCAGUGUGAAGACGGGCAUCGCCAACACGCUGGGUAACAAAGGAGCUGUGGGCGUGUCCUUUAUGUUCAACGGGACGUCUUUCGGCUUUGUGAACUGUCACCUGACAUCAGGCAAUGAGAAGAUUGCCAGGAGGAACCAGAACUACCUAGAUAUCCUCCGCCUGCUGUCGUUAGGAGACAAACAGCUGAGCUCCUUCGACAUCUCGCUGCGCUUCACACACCUCUUCUGGCUGGGAGACCUCAACUACAGGCUGGAUAUGGACAUACAGGAGAUUUUAAACUACAUUAACAGGAAGGAGUUUGAGCCCCUGCUGAAGGUGGACCAGCUCAACCUGGAGAGAGAGAAGAACAAAGUCUUUCUACGCUUUGGGGAGGAAGAGAUCUCGUUCCCACCCACCUACCGCUAUGAGCGUGGCUCAAGGGACACGUAUGUGUGGCAGAAGCAGAAGGCCACAGGGAUGAGGACCAAUGUUCCAUCCUGGUGUGACCGGAUCCUGUGGAAGUCCUACCCGGAAACACACAUCGUCUGUAACUCCUAUGGCUGUACAGAUGAUAUAGUGACCAGUGAUCAUUCCCCUGUGUUUGCUACCUUCGAGGUAGGGGUGACCUCCCAGUUUGUCUCCAAGAAAGGUCUGCCAAAGUCUUCAGAGCAGGCCUACAUUGAGUUCGAGAGCAUUGAGGCCAUCGUGAAGACGGCGAGCAGAACCAAGUUUUUCAUAGAAUUCUACUCCACUUGUCUGGAAGAGUUUAAGAAGAGUUACGAGAACGACAGUCAGAGCAGCGACAACGUCAACUUCCUGCGCGUGGGCUGGUCCAACAAGCAGCUGACGACGCUCAAACCUCUUCUCUCGGAGAUCGAGUACCUGCAGGACCAACAUCUGCUGCUGACCGUGAAGUCACUGGAUGGAUACGAGUCCUACGGAGAGUGUGUGUUGGCUCUGAAGUCUAUGAUUGGCAGCACAGCACAGCAGUUCCACACCUACCUGUCCCACCGGGGCGAGGAAACAGGAAAUAUCAGGGGGUCCAUGAGGGUCAGAGUCCCUUCAGAAAGAAUGGGAACCAGGGAGAGACUCUACGAGUGGAUCAGUGUGGACAAAGAUGAGACGGGUGGACCUAAAGGGAAAUGCACUUUGGUAUCCAGAGUGGGACAUGAAUACAUCAAGCCAUCUGUAGUUCGUAAACAGCUUGGAGAGCUGGGAAAAGUGAGCGAGGAGGGAGAACGGACCAGCAAGGAGGAAACUGCUGCAAGGCCUAAGCAGGACGCACCAGACGGCGAUCCGUCCAUCUGCAAGAACAGCUACAAUAAUCCCGCCUACUACAUCCUGGAGGGCGUUCCCAACCAGUCGGCAGCUGCACUUUCGCCUGAGCUUCUUCCGUCUCCUACCUCCCCAAACCCCCAGGUAGCUAAAGCCCCUCCUCCUUCAGCUGGAGCUCGAACCAAACCGCCCUUUGUGGCCUCGGUGCCCUCUCACCCACGCAGACCCAUGAUGGGGCACCCGGUCCGCGCUAUUAGCGAGGAGGGCUCCUCGGAGGACGACGGAGGCGCCUGUGUGGCAGGAGCGCAGGGGGGUGGUGUUGGAACGACAGUUGGAAGCACGCUGAAUCGACCUCCUCCCGACUUCCCCCCUCCUCCUCUCCCGAAGGGAGCCCUGGAGAUGGUCGCAGAAGCCCCCUUCUCCAAACCUCGCACUCUUUACCCAGACCUGACCGAGGUCAGGAUCCCAGCAGCCAGUGCUGCUGCCCCACCGGCCCUCGGAGAGGGUUUUAGACGAGGAGGAGGGGGAGGACCAGGGGCGUUGGACGACCAGUCGUGUUCUGUGCUCCAGAUGGCAAAGACGCUGAGUGAGAGUGAGUUUCCUGGGCAGCCUCCACGCGCUCCAUCUGCGCCGCCGCCUCUUAGAGGGCAGCCAAUGGGUCUAGGUCUGGACGCCUGCCGCACCUUCCCCCCCAGAAAUGCCAUCACAGAGAGUAUUGCAGAGGACAUGCCUGAGGAGGCAUUUUGGGGCAGCAGUAGUUCUUCUUUGUCUGUCGGGGAGUCGUCGGUGGGGGAGUGGCUGCAGAGACUGGGACUGGAGAGAUAUGAGCAGGGCCUUCUACACAACGGCUGGGACGACCUGGAGUUCCUCAGUGAUAUCACUGAGGAGGACCUGGAAGAGGCGGGAGUGCUCGACCCCGCUCACAAGCGAGUCCUGCUGGAGAGCCUCAAGCAGCAGCAGCAGCAGAAAUAAACUCUUUGAAGCUGGUCUCUGACUGGUCCAAACUGGCCUGGUACCACACCGGGUCCCAAGAGGCCAAAUCGCAACUGAACUGAACUGAGCUGGAACGUGCCAAUUGAUGCCAGACUGUGCCUUCUGAGAGAAAUUGCACUCCAUUUGUACUUUCAAACAAAACACUUAGAACCACCAUCUUUUUCAGAUGUACUGUAUGUGUGUUGUUGUCGUCGUCGCAGAAGUGGCCUUAUUUAAAGAGAAUUAUUUCAGUCCUUCAAGUGACACUACAUGUUCCUCAGCAUUGAAACCUAGCGAGAAGAUGCAGGAUGAGAUCAUAUUUUCUGGCCACACAGAAUUGGAGAUAUGACUGAAGCAGCUGAUUCCUUUAUGUUGCACCGUCACUUCUGACCUGCAGCUUUCAAGCUAGUUUCAGAGCUUGUUUUGUCUUUCUGUUUCCUGGAAAACAUAAAUCAAGUCAGUGAGUUUGAUACUCCUCAGAAGAGGAGAUUUUCAAAUUUAAAGCAAAAUGAAAAGAGGGAUUUUUGUGGGAAACGAGAGCCUUGUCUCAGGGGUUUUUCCCCCACUAACGGUCACAUUUGAGGAAACUUUAUGGGGAUUGUUAGAGAGCACUCGAGGGUAACGUCAGCACACAUCUGGGGAGCUUAAGUGAUGGAGGUGGACAGGAAGUGGUGACCCUAGAGGAGUUAGCCCGGGCUCAUGUCGGGCAAUAGCGAGGUCAUCUUGCAAUUCUCAUAUUUUAUACUUUUGUGAUGAUGUUUGGGCCGCUGUUGUUUACAUGGUGGCAAUCAUUGUCUCAGUGUCUCUGCACAUAUUUAUGGUUUAGGAUAAAGGGAAUAUGGAGCAAACCAACCAAACCGGUCCCGGUGGAGCUAAGCGUGCAUGUUUCGCCGUGGUACAACAUUUACCUGUUAGCCAUCAGCACCCCGAACACUGACAUUUCAGCUUGCAGAUUGUGACGAGUUGAUUGCAUUAUUAGAAGAUGGGAAGUUGUUUUUCAGAAAUCUGUAAACACUGACAAAUGAGUGCCGAAAUACAUGAGGCCAUAAUAUCACAAUUUUACAUGAGGUGAAGUCUAAAGGUUUUAUCCAGCACAUUUAUCAUUUUCACUCUUUAAUUGUCUGCGAGGAUAUUCAAUUUGAAUUUAUAGAAGAAGCUGAAUCUUAUUUUAACGGUUUGAUGGGCUUUAUGUCACAUCUCUCAUUCAUUCCUCUUUAAAUUGUUGAAAACAGAAUUGGUUAACGUAGCUAAAUGGAUUAACUAAUGAUAAUGUUCUACAGACAAUUAUUUACUUAGCCAUCUUAUUGUUGUUGUCUUGGAGAAACCAUUUGUCACCAAAACAUUUUUUUUCCUGUCAUGCUGUCUGGAGAUUUUGCAGAUUUUAUUUGGUUAUUUUGUCAUAUUACUAGAGACGGCAUAUAUUAUGUACUCGUGGGAGAAGAUGUCGCCUCUCAAGAUUCAUUAAAACAGUCAGGUUUCUGCAGGACAUGGAGGGUUUGAAGGCCGAUGUUGUUCCCUAAUGUAACCAGCGGGGGGUGCUGCUUCUCCAUAAACCUCACCAGUCUGUUUGAUGCUGACUGUGCAAACUUUGUGGAAAACGGGACGCAACCAAGUCAUGUUCAGUGAAAGAAGUUAGUUUGUUUAUAUCUUGUUCUUCAGCCGUUAACAAGCAGAGAGUUAACUCACCUGUGAGUGUUCACAGUGUCUUUGUUUGUUCUUAAUUUAAAAAUCCUGCCGCCUCUUCUGCCCGUGAGACUAGAAGCCAAACCAUAAGCCAGUUUAUAUUGUUUUAGAGACGCCGACGUGGAGAUCUCUUAAUGAAUGUGUUGUUUCAUAAUUGGGACUAAAUAUGUGUUUGUAGCAGUUUCAUUUAUGUCUAUCUCUCCUAAUUUUCCUCGUGACACAAAAACGUCCUUGAAUUAUGUUGCGUCACGUGCAACCUUUUUACUUGUGUUAUGUGUAAUAGGAAAUUAGACAACUUGUAGGCUAACAGCCCAACAACUAUGAUGCAGAGAAUGUGGAUCUGCCGUGUAGCCUCUCAGUGUUCUUGGUCGUGUGUGUGUGUGUGUGUGUGUGUGUGUGUGUGUGUGUGUG